AUGAAGUUCUUCUCCCUCCUCGCUACCGUCGCCGCCGCGGGCGCCGCCCUCGUCUCGGCCCAGGGCACCAUCGACUCCAACUCAGAGUCCUUCCCCGAAGACCUCAAUGGCUCCAACUUCACCUACCCCUGGCCCGUGAAGCUCUACAAGUUCACCUCCCAGCUUCAGGAGCUCGAGAUGGCUUUCAUGGACAUCGAGCCCAAGUGCGAGCCCAACGGCAAGACUGCCAUCCUUUUCCACGGCAAGAACUUCUGCGGCCCGACAUGGGAGACCACCAUCCGCGUCCUCGCUCAGAAGGGCUACCGCGUCAUCGCACCGGACCAGAUCGGCUUCUGCAAGUCGUCCAAGCCUGAGCGCUACCAGUUCUCCCUUCAGCAGUUCGCGACCAACACCCACGGUCUGCUCGAGACACUCGGUAUCGAGAACGUCACCGUUAUCGGUCACUCCAUGGGCGCAAUGCUUACCACCCGUUACGGACUGAUGUACCCUGACCAAGUCAACGAGAUGGUCCUCGUCAACCCCGUUGGCCUCGAGGACUACAAGGCUCUCGGUGUCCCCUACCUUCCCAUCGACGACAACUACGCCACGGAAGCCGCGAGCUCCUACGAGUCCAUCAAGGGAUACGAGCAAGCCACCUACUACGUGGGCGAGUGGAAGGACGAGUACGACGUCUGGGUCAGGAUGCUCGUCAACAUCUACAAGGGAUCCGAGGCCAAGACCUACGCUCUCAACCAGGCGCAGAUCGUCGACCUCGUCUUGACGCAGCCCGUCAGCUGGGAGUUCUCCCUCGUCAAGCCGCGCACCCUGCUCAUCAUCGGCGAGAAGGACAACACCGCCAUCGGCAAGCAGUGGUCUCCCCCUGAUGUCGCUGCCAAGCUUGGCCACUUUGACGUCCUCGGCCCUGAAGUUGCUGCUCAGAUCCCCAACUCUACCCUGCACACUUUCCCCGAGCUUGGACAUGCGCCCCAGAUCUCGCACCCUGAGGAGUUCCAUGACGUUCUGGUUGACUGGCUCUCUACAUAA